UACUCGUCCAAUCAUUAAUGAAUGUAAUUAAAGGGUUAUAUCAUAAAAAGCAUAGCUUUAAUAUUAUAUUCGUCCAAUCAUUAAUGACUGUAAUUAAAGGGUUAUAUCGUAAUAAGUCAUCAUUAAUUGCCCUCAUUAGCUCCAGAUGCUCGUGUUGGGUAUAUAAGCACAUUAGACCGACCCUUUUCAUCAUUCUUCCUUCAACCCUUGAAGCGAAAGGUGCUAUCAGUCGUUUUCUAUAUCUUUGUGAUAACCCUAACCCAUUUCUAAUCAUGAACUCGUCAAACUGGAAAGCGUACCGUUUGGCCAACCAGCAGGCGUCCGCUAGCGACAAGAGCGGUCGGCCAAACGGGCAGCGGACCGGUCCGCACUCCACCCGCCACCAAGGCCCAAGGAUUCAGAACCAACGGGUUCUGAGGGCUCUGGGCAUGACCUCCGCCAUUUCUUCAGCCGAUCCGAAGCCAGUGGACUUCGUGAAGACCAACGAGCUGAAGGAAUGUCUCGUGACAUUCAACGUGUUCGAGCCCGAAGCAGAGACCUUCCAUCGCAUGGAGGUGCUCGGGUCUCUGAACCGUCUGGCGAAGCAGUGGCUCCAAGAGGAGCUGCUGCGAAGGAACGUGCCAACGAAUGUCGACGAGACUGGUGGAGGAAACAUCUUCACCUUCGGCUCCUAUCGCCUCGGGGUACACUGCAGUGGCGCCGAUAUCGACGCUCUGUGUGUUGUACCCCGGUACAUCGAUAGGACCGAUUUCUUUAAAUCGUUCCUUGAACUGCUGAAGGAGCAGCCUGAGGUCAAGGAAUUGCGAGCGAUCGAGGAAGCGUUCGUUCCGGUCAUGAAGAUGAAGUUCGAUGGCGUCGAAAUCGACUUGCUAUUCGCGAGGCUGUCUCUUCAUGCCAUACCGGAAAACCUUGACCUCAGCAGUAACGAGCUGCUUAGAUACCUCGACGAGAAGUGCGUCCGCUCACUCAACGGGUGCAGAGUGACGGACGAGAUUAUCCGCUUGGUCCCCAACGCGGAUAACUUCAUGCUGGCCCUGAGAGCUGUCAAACUUUGGGCCAAACGUCGAGGUAUCUACUCCAACAGCCUGGGCUUCUUGGGCGGCGUGUCGUGGGGGCUGCUGCUGGCUCGCGCUUGCCAGCUGUACCCCACGGCGCUGCCGGCGACACUGCUGAACAAAUUCUUCCUCGUGUUCAGCCAGUGGAAGUGGCCGCAGCCUGUGCUGCUCAAGAAGCCCGAGAACGCAGGGUUCGGCUUCCAAGUUUGGGACCCACGGGUGAAUCUAUAUGAUCGGUAUCAUCUGAUGCCGAUCAUCACCCCGGCGUAUCCUCACCAGAACUCGACAUAUAAUGUGUCCGAGUCGACCCGCACCAUUAUCAUGGAGGAGUUUAGAAAUGGUCUGGCGAUAACGGAGGAGGUAAUGGCGGGCAAAUGUGGUUGGGACCGUCUCUUUGAGACGCCCAACUUCUUUGCUCGCUAUAAGCACUACAUCGUGCUCUUGGCUUCCUCCAACAGCGCUGAAGACCAGCUCCAGUGGUGCGGGUACACUGAGAGCAAGAUACGCCACCUUGUCUCAAGCUUGGAGCGGAACCAACUCAUCUCCGUAGCACACGUGCACCCAGUGUGCUAUCCCAGCGUGCCGCUCCACACCAACAAUGGGCAGCCGAUGGCUUUGGCACCAGGUUCCUCGGCCUUUGAAGUGACAGCGGAGGUCAAGACCGAAGAUGGUGUCAAAACCGUCAACGGAGAUGGGAAACCAAGACACUGCUCGAUGUGGUUCAUCGGCCUGGCGUUCGAGCAGCACAAUGUCUCCGUGGACUUGACAUAUGACAUUAUGUCUUUCACGAAAACAUUGUGCUACCAGGCCGAUAGGAGCAACGUGUCGCGAGUCGGCAGGACGAUUGAGGCCCGUUAUGUUCGCCGCAAAGAGCUCCGGCAGUACCUUUGCGAGUCGCUUCUGGAAGGCGCAUUGGCAGCAGGCGAUAAGCGACGCCGUGCCACACGCGAUGCGCCAUCCAAGAAGCGACGAGUGGAGGAAGCUGACGGAGCUUGAGGCGUCGUAUGGCCUCCGACUGCCGACUCCUGACCAGUCGUGUAACGUCGUCUCCGCGAAAGCGUCGAGACUCCGCCACGACGGAUCGAAGUGCGAAACUAUGACGCACGUUCUCCGAAAGAGAACCGAUCCAAAGCUUCAGCUGAAGCUAUGUCUCAUUGCAUUCAAAGCCCGUCAAGAAUUAAACGAAAGGAAAGAAGCAACGAGCAUCGGGGCAAGCCAAAUGAGCUUGACAAUAACACUUGUGAUUAUAAAUUGUACCAUUUUGAAUAUUUAUAUGGAAGCACCUAGCACCAAAAAUUGUAAUAGCCAAAUUAUAUCUUUGUAACUAGACUAUCUAGUCGAUGCUAUCCAUAUUGUCUCUAAUCUAAAACAUGUCAAAAAUAAAUUUAUUAUUUCAUACUCAAUAAAGUGUUUUCUAUUAUCCCUACCACCAUUCAAACACUAAGCACCCUGAACAUGAACACAGAAACACAAAACCAACAGAAUAACUAUCACAUAAAAUUAAUUAAGCAAGAAGAAUCAUUUAGCACAAGUUUCGUUUCAAUAAUACUUUUACAUAAAUUGACCCUACUGCUUCAGGACUUGAUCUUGGCCAGUGCUGUCACAGAAGCAAGAAUUUGGGAAUGAUUAUCGACAGAAACCCUUUUGAAAGCCAUAAUAGGUACUAAUAAAU